UUAAUUUCAAUCGCACCGGAGAACUUGCCCUGAAAGGUUGCAAAAAUUUUGCAAACAUGGAUUUUUUAAUUACAGGAUUCCUCCACUUGUUAGAUUUUCUUAUCGUUUUUUGCGAAUUUAGUUUAUACAUCGUUUUCAUCCCUUUUACCCCGAUUAUCCGAUUUAUUGCGAAAAAAAUCCUGGCGAAAUUUAACAUACGAAUUAACGGGGAUAAAAAAUGUGAUAUUGUAAUAACUGACUGGCGGGCGUAUGCAUACAUCGCGUCGCACGGGAUGGUGGGGGCGACGGACGCGUGGGGAAAAUUUGGGUGGUGGAGGCCGAAUAAUUUAGACAAUUUGACCCAUCAAUUAUUCCUGAAUGUGGGGCUGCUCAAGAAAUUUAGAUUUUUGGAGCCAGGCCCCUUCUUCCCGUUGUACCACUUGAGAUGGGAUGUGUUCAAUAUUCAGAGUAAAGAGAGGGCCAGUACGUUUUGCAAUUAUGCGUAUAACUUGGGCAAAGAUUUUUUCUCCACCUUCCUGGAUCCUAAUCUUCUCUACUCGAUCCCGUACUACGCCCGCGGUGCGAAAAAUUUUGACGAAGCGCAAAUCCACAAAAUGGAAUUUCACGCCGAAAAACUUCAACUUUCCCCCGGCAUGCGGGUACUCGAUUUAGGCUGCGGAUUCGGCGGGAUGAGUCGCUUCCUCGCAGAAAAACAUGACGUUAAUGUCGUCGGGAUAACAAAUUCGUCCGAAAUGGCGGCUCACGCCAAGGAAAUGUGCGGGCAUCUCAAAUCCGUCGAAAUUCAAGAGGUUGACUGGCGGGAUUUAAAGGAACCCGGGAAAUUUGAUAGGAUCAUCGGAAUUGAGAUAAUGUUCCACGUCGGGAGACACAAUUUGAACGAAUUUUUCAGAAAAUUACACACCUGGCUGAAACCCGGCGGGAUUUGUGUGCUGCAAGAUUUCUCGGUGAGACCGGGACAACCCAAGUCGAUGCGAUUCAUGCAGAAAAUUUUCCCUGGGCACUGCAUUCUCGGGCUGAAUGAAAUUUUCUCCAUUUCCGAGAAAUAUUUCAGUCUGGAGAGUUACACCGAUAUGACGGAGGACAUGGCAAAAUGCGGGCCGGAAAUGGCGCAGCGGUUGAGGAAGAAUUGGGGCAAUGUGAAGUAUGACAAUGCGGUUUUUAUAGAGCAUGAAAUAUUUUUUGGAACAGCGGGAUAUUUGGGAGGUACCGGAGUAUUUACGGUGCAACAAAUGGUGUUUAAAAAAUUGAAGAUUCCAUUUUGAUAUUGUUGUAUUUAUGUAAAUCAAUAUAUUUUCGAUGAGAUUAGAAUAGCCGAAAAUUUGAUGAAAUUAUAAAAAAUUGAGGAACAAUAAAUUGUCGUAUGUUGAUGCUUUCCAGUGCUAAAAA